CAACGUUACGUCUUUCUGUCAGUAUUAGUACAAUCAUAGCUCCGAUGACUCGACAUGACCCAUCUGUACAUUGAGCUCCAAGCUCUGCAUGGUAGAUCUCGUGUAAUAAUGCUGCGGCGGGAACGGCAGGUCCGAGCGGCCGUCUACGUCACACCCGAACCUCACUCCACUGGAGCUGCAGGAGCACCCUCUAACAUCACUUUCCGAGUUAUCACUUACAACAACUACAGCAACCAUGUUCAAGCGACUAUUUGGAGAGCACGGCGCAAAGAACGUCGUGACCCUCUUCCACGCGCCCUCGAACCAAGCUUCUACCCGCGUCCUCACCCUCCUCAAGCAAGCCAAUGCACAAUCUGUAGCACAUGCGACUGAAGACCAGGCCAGCUCUCACAAAGCGCAGGACAAGGCCGAGCGCACCGAGUUCGAGCUCGAUGUCACAGAAGCCCCACCGACAACGGACCAGCUCAAGAACAUCUUGGACUACUUGGGCGGAUCAGGAGCGGCAGGCAAGGUGAUCAGUGGCGCGGAGAAUGAGACUGAUGCUAUGAGGAGACUAAAGGCAGAUGGAGGAGCAUUUCAGAGACCGCUGGUUGUGGACUGGAACCAAGGAAAAGCUGUCGCUGGAGAUAACGAGAGCGAGAUCAUGAAGUUGAUACGCUCGGUACCAAAGGAGACGGACAAAGUGUAGAGGGCGGAGCGACAUGACCUGUACUAUACCCACUCCACUCAGCUCGUGAUUGCAGGAUUCAAUUGCUAGACAGGACUGAUUAACCUUUGAGAUGAAUGGCGGGCCCAGUGCGUCCUAAAUUCUACCGCUAGUAGCCCGGGUAGAGACAUGGUGCUAGGCAACGGGUGGCUGCAUCACCAGUAGGACACUGAUCCAGUACAUGUAUAUGUAAAACAUGUCUCACAAAAGCUUUUUCUCAAAUCGUUAUAAAGUGUGAGUACUGUUCUAUCUCUUCUCAUGUCUUCGUGUCUCGACAUUUCCAGUAUUCUUGGUGACUGAUCUCUCUUCCCCUCAUUUCCUCCCCAGCGAUUCCGUAUGCUUGCAUCUCGUCCC